CUCCUUCCCGGGCGCGCCCUCCCUCCGGCCCCAGCCGGCGGGGUGGCCCAGGAGCUGCGCGGCGACCCUCUGAGGCCCUGCGAACAUGGCGCUGCGAGUGGCCCGGAGCGUGUGCGCCGCGGCCUGCAGCCUGCGCACAGUCUCGGUACCCUGCCUGAUUCGGCCCUGGCGGCUGCGGGCCGGCGCAGUGCGGACCCUGCGCACCGGAGCGACUGUGCUGGCGGUGCGUAAAUUCACAGAGAAACAUGAGUGGAUAACAACAGAAAAUGGUACUGGAACAGUGGGAAUCAGCGACUUUGCACAGGAAGCUUUGGGAGAUGUUGUUUACUGUAGUCUGCCUGAAGUUGGGACAAAAUUGAAAAAGCAUGAUGAGUUUGGUGCUUUGGAAAGCGUGAAAGCUGCCAGUGAACUCUACUCUCCUCUGUCUGGAGAAGUUAUUGAGAUUAAUGAAGCACUUGCAGAAAAUCCAGGGCUCGUCAACAAAUCUUGUUAUGAAGACGGCUGGCUGAUCAAGAUGACAGUGAGUGACCCUUCAGAACUAGAUGAGCUCAUGAGCGAAGAAGCAUAUGAGAAAUACGUGAAAUCGAUUGAAGAGUGAAGCGGCACCAGAGUGAACUGGUGUGAAGCGACUUCCGC